AUGGCUCAUGAUUCACCAUUCUACCAAAUUGUCGGUCAUCCUGGGGAAUUGCACUUUCAGCUCCAGUCCAAAACCACCCCCGAGCUGACGCUCCGUAUUCCGACCAACGUCGAUAUUGCUGCCGUUAUUGAAGUCCUUAGCAACAAAUCCAAUUCGGAAUUUGACAAGUCCAUCUCGGAUGCCACGGCUGAAGAACUUCAAUCCAUUGCUCAGCGGUGGACGACGGUCAAUGAACCGUUGACUCAUAUGAACUUCCUCGUUCGGCACAAUGAGCAGCCGCUGGGUAUCGCAGGGCUAGGUUGGAUUGGUCCUGUCAACAGCAGCGAUGCAGAAGAUCAAGCAGAAAGAGCCGGUGCAGCAGGGGUGAUGCUUCAACCCUUCGCAAGAGGCAAGGGAUAUGCCUAUGAGGCUCUCCGUGUGGUCUUUGAUUAUGGAUUACGCCAGUUGGGUCUGGUUGAAAUUCGCUUGGGGAGCCACUCGGGAAAUCUUCCCAUGAAGGGCUUGAUGGAGAAAAAGUUUGGAUUGCAGCCGGCGGUUGGGACGGAAGAAUCGGUGGAUCAGUUUGGAAAUAACCUCUUAUGGGUUGUGAAGAGAGAGAAGUGGCUGAGUAUCAACAACUAG